UUUAAAAACAAUAUCACCCAGUUUAAGGUCAAAGUGAAUCCGUGCUGGAUUAUCACAGUGGGUGAAACACAGUGUGGUCACAACAUGGGAAACACUCAAAGCUCCCAGUGAUUGUCUGUGCAUCGCUUCUGCUCCUUGUCCACAUCCUGACCCGCUUGUAGUCCUUCUGCAGGGUCAGAGAGGGCACCUCUGCAGCCAGCCGGCCCCUGACUGUCGCGGGGGGGAAGAGGUGGAGGCGAUGGAGGAAGGGGAUGUGAAGGGGGAUGGGCCCAUGGCGGUCAGAGAGGGGCCGGGCGACCGCGGCCACCCGCCGGACGCCAGCACCACGACCACCACCAACCUCCUGGCGUCUGUCAAAGAGCAGGAGCUGCAGUUUGAGCGGCUGACUCGGGAGCUGGAGGAGGAGCGGCAGAUCGUGGCCAGCCAGCUGGAGAGGUGCAUGCUGGGAGCUGAGUCGCCAGCGGGAGACAGCAGCAGCUCAUCGGAGAAGUCGUUUGCAUGGAGGUCUGCAGGUGGAGGGUCGUUGGGCGGAGCCAUGGAGGCGUCUGGACGCCACCUGGAGGCGGAGGAGGGACUCUAUCCGCCCGAGCAGGACCGCAACUCCCUGAAUGACAGUGAGGACUCGGGAGGCCACUCGGCCCAGAUGACCACGUACUCGGACAGCGGGUACCAGGACAGCAGCGUCAGCUACUACAGCAACCAGAACGUGGUGCGUUCGGAGCCCCGGGCCUCGAUAUCGAGGAGCCCGAGGGCGGAGGGCCAAGCCUCCGGGCAGGCAUCCAGCCGGGUGUUGCGGAGGAUGUCCUCCCUCCCCUCCAGGAGCCAGUCUCCUGGCGGUGGCACCGCCGGCACUGUGUCGCCCUCCCGCAUCUCCCUGCGCACAUCCCAAGGCAGCACCUACGACUCGCCCAUCCUCUCCGAGCCCAAACCUCUGGCUGCCGUGUUUGCCGGCACCGCGAUGCCGCCCUCCUGCCCGUCACCCACCUCACCGACCGGCGGCAUACAGGCCCUGGGUCUUGGGGGAAUAGGUGUCUUAGGAGGAGGAGGCAAUGGCGGGCGCCUGGGCUCCACCCUCUCCCUGGUGGAGGGGAGGGUUUUGACGGGGUCCCCGCUGCGCUCGGGGAUGAUGGCGGUGCCGCAGCACUACGGCUCCACACUGCCCAGACAGAGCCAGCCGCUGGCCUACGGAGCUGACCCGUACGGCCUGUACCAGAGGAGCGCACUGCCCCGCCCCGACAGCCUCAUAGGGCUCCACAGCUCGUACGCCGGCCACGUGGGGCAGAUCGAUCCAGAGCUGAGGGCGGUGUUGUCUCCAGACUGCCACAUGACGCCCGUCUUCGAUGAGCGAUCCUUCCACAGCCCUCUGUACCAUAGCCCCUCCAACGACCCCCAGGGCUCCCUCUACAGGACAGGCAUGGGGACACUCCCGCGGACCACAAGCCAUGGAAGCCACACGCUGCCAUACCAAAGAAGCAGCUACGGGCUGAGCACUGCAGCUCUGUACGUCGACUCCUACAGGGCGCCCGGCGAGCCCGGCUACUCGCACCGGCACUCGGGUCUGAUGGACCGGGCUGCUACACGCACCCCGUCCAUCGAGAGCAUACAUAAGGACCCUAGGGAGUUUGCCUGGCGUGACCCCGAGCUGCCAGAGGUCAUCCACAUGCUGCAGCAUCACUUCCCCUCCGUCCAGGCCAACGCCGCCGCCUACCUGCAGCAUCUGUGUUACGGGGACAACAGGAUCAAGGUGGAGGUGUCUCACCUGGGCGGCAUCCAGCACCUGGUGGACCUGCUCGACAACAAGGCGGCGGAAGUUCAGAAGAGCGCCUGCGGGGCCCUGAGGAACCUGGUGUACAGCAAGGCCACCGACAACAACAAGGUAGCGCUGCGGAACUGCGGCGGCGUGCCCGCGCUGCUGCGACUCCUCCGGAAAACCACCGACAACGAAGUGCGCGAGCUGGUUACUGGUGUCCUGUGGAACCUCUCCUCGUGCGACGCGGUGAAGAUGACCAUCAUCCGCGACGCCCUGAGCACGCUGACCAACACGGUGGUCAUCCCCCACUCGGGCUGGAGCAGCGUCUCGCACCGCGACGACCACAAGGUCAAGUUCCAGUCGUCCCUGCUGCUGCGAAACACCACCGGCUGCCUGAGGAACCUGAGCUCAGCAGGGGAGGAGGCGAGGAGUCAGCUGCGUUGCUGUGAAGGUCUGGUCGACUCCCUGCUCCACGUCCUCAAAGCCUGCGUCAACACCUCUGACUACGACAGCAAGAUUGUGGAGAACUGCAUCUGCACCCUGAGGAACCUCUCGUACCGGCUGGAGGUGGAGAUGCCCUCCUCACGUCUCCUCGGCAAUCAGGAGCUCGACACCCUCCUGGGCUUCUCCUUUCCGGGCAAGGAGCUGGACUACCUCUGCUGGGGCAAGAGGAGGCGCGGCAGGAAGCGUGGCGGCUGGCCCGACGACAAGUGGGACGACGGGGGGUCGAUACCUGGCUUCUCCCAGCCUCUGAGAGGAGCCGAGCUGCUGUGGCACCCGAUGGUGGUGAAGCCGUACCUCAACCUGCUAGCCGAGAGCUCCAACCCCGCCACGCUGGAGGGGGCCGCCGGGUCACUGCAGAACCUCUCCGCCGGAAACUGGAAGUUUUCGGCGUACAUCCGAGCGGCGGUGCGUAAGGAGAAAGGUCUGCCCAUCCUGGUGGAGCUGCUGAGGAUGGACAACGACCGGGUCGUCUGCUCCGUGGCCACGGCUCUCCGCAACAUGGCGCUGGACAGCCGCAACAAGGAGCUCAUAGGAAAGUACGCCAUGCGCGACCUGGUGAACCGGCUGCCCGGCAGCAGCCCGUCGGUGCUGUCGGACGACACGGUGGCCUCGGUGUGCUGCACGCUGCACGAGGUCACCAGCCGCAACAUGGAGAACGCCAAGGCUCUGGCGGACAGCGGCGGCAUCGAGAGGCUGGUGGACAUCAGCAAAGGGCGAGGGAAGGGGUACUCGAUGAAGGUUGUGAAGGCGGCGGCUCAGGUGCUGAACACACUGUGGCAGUACAGGGAGCUGCGGAACCUCUACAAACAGGACGGAUGGAACUACACCCACUUCGUCACACCCGUCUCCACCCUGGAGCGAGACCGCUACCGCUCCCAGCCGACCCUGCCCACCAGCCCUCUGCAAAUGUCUCCUGUUAUCCAAUCCGGUGGCAGUGCUACAUCUUCUCCAGCGAUGCUCGGGAUACGAGGACACAGUUCAAACUAUCAGAGGGCGCAGUCAUCUAUGCAACUCGACACUUAUUACGGAGACAACAGUUUACACAAGCAGCAGUACACAGGGUCUGAGAAGAAAACACCGUAUUUCAUCGGGACAUAUUCUUCCCAGUCAGGGGAGGAUCUGAGAAGAUCCCAGCACCCAGAGCCAUUCUACGACGAGCCCGACAGGAAGAACUACAACAGCUACAGAAUGUACCUGUCGUCCCCGCAAGGCUUCGGGGAGGAGCAGUACGAGGACGAGCCGGUCCACCUGACCCCGUCCUCCCCCGACGGCUACGCCAGCCAGUCCCUCCGGUUCAAAGCCAACACCAACUACGUGGACUUCUACUCCACCACGCGGAGGCCUUCGAACAAGGCCAACAAGUUCACGGGCUCCCCUGACUCCUGGGUGUAGAUACACGAGCGCGUACAUCCAGCUUUGUCGUCUGUUCUUGUGGGUGUUUGUGUGUGUGUGGAGGGGGGUGGGUGGGGGGGGGGUGCAGUGGUGCUGAAUGAAAGGUGGAGGAUGCAUGUGUGCAACUGUGUUGCAACUGUACUGACUGACCAGGGCGGUGUUUGCCAUGUGCAGCUUUUGAUUAAGUUGCAACAUGUGUGCAAUCAUGCAGAUAAAUUCAAACUGUCAAUUUAUUUUUGAUAGAUUAGAUGAUAAAACUUAACAAAUAUUUAAAGUUUAUUUAACCAAUCAGCCAUUUUUGACUAAAUUGAAGAUCAGAUUGUUGCCCAUGGUAGUGGUGUUGCAGAGCGCCUCCUGUUGAGUGCAGGUCGUUCAGAACUCCUCCCACGUCACUCUGACGCCUGUCACAUGACCACCAGGGGGGGGGGGGGACCCUCACUGACACUCAGCUGUGAACGAGCCCUCAGAGGUUUCCAACGUGGGAACACAUGAGUGAAUUUUUUCAAAAGAGAGGUGAGGAACUGAAGUAAGUGCAGUUGCCCUUUGAAUUAAAACUAAAUCUCCAAACAUAUUUUUGACAUUGGGUGGACAGGGUUUCAUAAAAUUAAACAUGUUGAGCUUUUAUCUGCAUCAUUGUGGAUUUUGCGACGCGGAGACGGACGUAGUCAAAAGAUGCUUUUGGAGAAAACCCGGCCCUGACCAUGUUGUUCACCAGAGUGUUUGUUACCGUCAACCGGUUUUGUUUUUCUCUGCAGUAAAAGUGUGCAGUGCGUUGGCUCUAUAACAUAAACAUCGUCCGCCAGCAUCACGUUGAAUGCAAGCGAAACAAGAAGUUAUCCCAGCUCCUCAGCUUGGACAACUUCUGUUAAAAAAAAUGUGACACCUGGGCCAAAUAAUAAUUACCAGUAAUUAAGAACACAGGAGGAAAUUCUUAACUCUACAAAUGACUUUUAAAUAUUAUUCGACCCGGGUUUGGAGAAGAGAAACUCGUUAAUGAUAAGUGUCCUCACUCUCGGGGAACCCUUCAAGACUCAGAGAACCGUGGUUAUGCCCUGUAACCCACCACUCUUCUGUAUUGUUGGCCAACAAGUGCAGUAUAUCAUAAAGUACGUGAACUAUGUGACAAGAACAUGUGAAAAUCAAUUUGUACAGAUACAAUGGUCUAACCGUCCUGUUACAUUGUUGUAUUGAAUAUGUAGAACUUUAUAUGUGAUAGUGUGGAGAAGAGUUUUUCUAUUAUUUAUCGAUUCUUUUUAUUAAUUUACUCGUGACCCGACCAAAAUACCCCACCUGUGUGUUCUGUCCAAAAACUGAAGAUGACGAUGAUGUGCAAUGUUACAGAGGGAGAUGUGUGUAUAGGGAUUAAAGAUUAUAUCAUGA